UUAGUAUUUGGUUGCGUCUGUGGUUGGUUGCGCCCGUUGCAGCUGUCCGAUUCGCGAAGAAAAAAAACCUUGAUGCAUAUCGAUGUAUUGAUACAUCAUUCCUAUGGCUUUGUUUGAUUUCGGAAACCACUACACACUUGAUUGAAGUAGGCGAUAAAGCGAACCUGCGUGACGAUUUUCCCUUUAGCCAGAGUGGAGUGCACUUCAACAGUGUCAAUUCGCGGGGGCCAAAUUUACUGCACCGAAACGUCGAGGGUGCCUGUCGAUCAAAAUACUGAUUGUCUCCUUGGCUUAUUCCAUCGUACCGUAGAAAUGUCCACAGCAGAGUUCCUGAAGGGCCUGCCCUCUUACAACGAGAACAACUUCACCCGCUUCCAGGCAGACUCAUCCUGCAGAACAACUGUGCGGAGGCCAUCAGUGUACCUUCCCACACGUGAACACCCAUCUGAUCAGGUGAUCACAACUGAGAAGACCAACAUCCUGCUGCGAUACCUCCACCAGCAGUGGGACAAAAAGCAGAGCAGCUCAAAGAAGCGCGAUGCCGGACGUAGCGGUCUCCCCCUGGACGAUGAGACAGCAUCCAGAAAAAGGGCGCGCACCGAUACUUCCAACACCGACGCUGACUCGCCAUGAGAUUGCCAAGCAAUGUUGCCAAUGGUGGCCUGGCAGGACAGAGAGUGGUGUUCAAGAGAGACUGGGGGGUUCCUGGAAUGUCUUUGCUGGCAUUAUUUGCUGCACAGUGGGGUCUUAUUAAAAGGAGGAAGAGGAGCUUGAGAA